UGUAAAUGACAACAAAACCUACGUGGCAGAAACUAAGUACCUUCGAUCUUCGGAUUCCGAGGGAAGGAGCAAACCCUAACAUGGAGUCGCACGGCGGAGGCCCCCUUCGUUCUCGCAGUUCCCAGUCCCCUUCUCCUUCCCACUCCGCCUCAGCCUCCGCCACAUCCUCAAUCCACAAGCGCAAACGCGCGUCCGAGGACCACGCGCCUCCCUUCCCUCCCUCCUCUUUCUCCGCCGACACUCGCGACGGUGCCCUCACCUCCAAUGACGACCUGGAGAGCAUCUCCGCCCGAGGCGCCGACUCCGACUCAGACGACGACUCCGAGGACGCCGUCGUCGACGAUGACGAGGAGGACUACGACAAUGACUCCUCCAUGCGCACCUUCACCGCCUCCAGACUCGGUAACCCUCCCUCCGCUCCCCGUAAUACCAAGCUCAAGACUGAUAACUCCGCUGUAAAAAUUGAGAACUCCGACGGCGCAAAAGAUGCCGCAAAUGCCGGAGCUGGUGCCAUGGAGGUAGUUGGAUCCGUCCCUGGCAUUGUGGUUAAGGAGGACCCGACUAAGAUUUUUACAGAUAAUUUGCAAACGAGUGGGGCUUAUACAGCUCGGGAAGAGAGUCUCAAGAAGGAGGAGGAAGCGGGAAGGCUUAAAUUCGUAUGCCAUUCAAACGAUGGUGUUGAUGAGCAUAUGGUUUGGUUGAUUGGAUUGAAGAAUAUAUUUGCUAGACAACUUCCCAAUAUGCCGAAGGAGUACAUUGUUCGACUUGUCAUGGAUAGGAGCCACAAGUCUGUAAUGGUCAUAAGGCGUAAUCACGUUGUUGGAGGCAUUACAUAUCGCCCAUAUGCUAGCCAGAAGUUUGGUGAGAUAGCCUUUUGUGCAAUUACAGCUGAUGAGCAAGUAAAGGGUUAUGGUACCAGAUUGAUGAAUCACUUAAAACAGUAUGCACGUGAUGUGGAUGGGCUGACACAUUUUCUCACAUAUGCUGACAACAAUGCUGUUGGCUAUUUUAUCAAACAGGGAUUUACAAAGGAGAUUCACUUGGAGAAAGAUCGAUGGCAAGGUUAUAUAAAGGAUUACGAUGGAGGAAUUUUGAUGGAAUGCAAGAUAGAUCCAAAGCUCCCUUACACUGAUUUGUCAACUAUGAUCCGUCGUCAAAGACAGGCUAUUGAUGAAAAAAUCAGAGAGCUGUCAAACUGUCACAUAGUCUAUGCUGGAAUUGAUUUUCAGAAGAAAGAAGCGGGCAUUCCUAAAAAAAUUAUUGAUGACAUCCCCGGUUUGAGAGAGGCUGGAUGGACUCCUGAUCAGUGGGGUCAUUCUCGAUUCAGAAGUCUAAAUGUCUCUACUGACAAUACUACUAAUCAAAAACAUUUGUCUGGUUUUAUGCGAUCACUUCUAAAGUCUAUGCUUGAUCACGCCGACGCAUGGCCAUUCAAGGAGCCAGUUGAUGCACGGGAUGUCCCUGACUAUUAUGACAUCAUCAAAGAUCCAAUGGAUUUGAAGACAAUGUCUAAGAGGGUGGAAUCAGAGCUAUAUUAUGUAACAUUUGAGAUGUUUGUUGCCGAUGUCAGAAGAAUGUUUGCAAAUGCACGCACCUAUAAUUCUCCAGAAACCAUUUAUUACAAAUGUGCUACAAGGUUAGAAUCCCACUUUCAAAGCAAAGUACAAGCGGGUCUUCAGUCUGGCUCAAAAAUUCAGUAGGCAUUUCAAUGGAGACCGUUGGGGCACUUCAAUAAACUCCAUACGAAGUAUUUUGUUUAUGACUAGGCUAAUUUUUCUCAUAGUCCCAACAAAUUUGUUGUUUCAUAGUUAUUCUAGCCAAUGCUGCCCAGGUGGGUGCAUGGAUUGUGUUAUCACUGCUAGAAAAAUAGGUUCUGGUCCCUGAUCCGAAUGUUCUGUUGUAAAUAUUCAUAGUAUCUAAAUUUAAAUUUUUUUAUUUAAUUCAUAGCAAUAUGUUUCUAUUA